AUGGAAGCCACCCUGUGCCCAAAGCCUCAUUUCGUGGUCAUCCCAUGGCCAGCCACCAGCCACAUGAUUCCCAUCGUGGACAUCGGCUGCCUCCUCGCCGCGCACGGCGCCUCCGUCACGAUCAUCACCACGCCCGCCAGCUCGCAGCUCGUCCAGAGCCGCGUGGACCGCGCCGGGCAAGGCUCAGCGGGCAUCACGGUCACCGCGAUCCCGUUCCCGGGCGCGGAAGCCGGCCUGCCGGAUGGCUGCGAGAGGACCGACCACAUCCCUUCGGCUGACCUCGUGCCCAACUUCUUCGUCGCCACCACGAAGUUCGGCGAGGCCGUGGCGCAGCACUGCCGCCUCCUCACGGCGACGCACCGGCCGAGCUGCGUCGUCGCCGGGAUGGUCCACACGUGGGCGCACGGCGUGGCCCGUGAACUCGGUGCGCCUUGCUUCAUCUUCCAUGGCUUCUCUGCGUUCGCUCUGCUGUGCUGCGAGUAUCUGAACACGCACAAACCGCACGAGGCAGUCGAGUCGCUGGACGAGCUCUUUGACGUCCCGCUCCUGCCGCCUUUCGAAUUCAAGUUCUCCAGGAGGCAGCUGCCGAUACACUUCCAGCCUUCUUCCUCCAUUCCGCAGGACCGCCAUCGGGAGCUCCGGGAAUUCGAGCUGGCCGUGGACGGCAUCGUCGUGAACAGCUUCGAGGAGCUGGAACGCGACUCGGCCGCGCGCCUCGCGGCGGCCACGGGCAAGACCGUGAUCGCCGUCGGUCCCGUCUCGCUGUGCGGCGCACCUCCUAGCCUCCUCGACUUGCGGGCCAGCUCGGACGACGCCAGACGGUGCAUGGCGUGGCUGGACGCCAAGAAAGACGAGUCCGUGCUUUACGUCAGCUUCGGCAGCGCCGGGCGCAUGCUUCCAGCGCAGCUGAUGCAGCUCGGACUGGCGCUCGUGUCGUGCCCCUGGCCUGUCCUUUGGGUCAUCAAGGGUGCAGACACGUUGCCCGACGACGUCAACGAGUGGCUACAGCACAACACCGACGGUGACGGCCUCCCGGAGAGCCAGUGUCUUGCAGUCCGCGGGUGGGCGCCUCAGGUCGCCAUUCUGGAGCACCCGGCUGUCGGCGGCUUUCUGACGCACUGCGGGUGGGGCUCGACGCUGGAGAGCGUCGCGGCCGGCGUGCCCAUGGCCACCUGGCCGUUCUACGCCGAGCAGUUCCUAAACGAGAGGUUGAUCGUUGACGUGCUUGGCAUCGGAGUGUCUGUCGGCGUGACGAAGCCCACGGAGAGCGUGCUCACCGGUGGCGGCGGCGGCAAGGAGAAGCCGGAUGUGGGAAUGGAACAGGUGAAGCAAGUGUUGGAUAUGCUGAUGGACGGAGGAGUGGAUGGGGAGGCAAGGAAGACGAAAGUUAAGGAGCUGAAGGCCAAAGCAAAGACUGCUUUGGACCAUGGAGGAUCGUCAUAUAUGAAUUUGGAGAAGCUGAUACAAUUUGGUGCUUGA